CAUAAAGUGAACAUCGGAGAAUUCACUGUCGACACAAAGCUCUCCAACGUGGCCGUCCCAUCAUUGGAUGCCGCUGCGUUUCUCGCUGCCAACUCGGUGAACACCUCGGUUUAUCAUCUCGUCGCCGGUCAGGCAUCGAUCUUCCUCGACGGUGAAUUUUUGAACAAGAAGGAGUUUGGAGACGUGGUUGCUUCACAGAAGUUUGAGAUUUCGCUGGGUGUAGACCCGAACAUCUGUAUCCAGUACAAGCCUGAGAGAAACUACCAGGAGCACAACAAGAAGGUCACCUCUCUGGUCACCGAGAAGGCCACUGUCGUCACCAAUCUUCGUCCAAAUUCGGUGCUUCUGACGAUUCGUGAGCAGCUGCCCAGAUCAACGGAUUCGAGAAUCAAGGUUAUUCUCAACUGCCCAGAGGCCAUGGAAGUCGACGAGGCAAGUGUGCAGCCGACGGUCGGUGCGACCAUCACGCCGGAAAGAGUUGUCAACUACACGAUUCAGCUUGAGCCAGGAAAGUCGAGCAAUGUGGUUGUCAAGUUCCCAAGUUCACAAGGCGUGAAGAUUGGCUACAACGAGCCGUUCGGAAGAUUGUUGGACAAUGUUUGUGAACUAUAGGUAUUCUAAUUAUGCAUUGUGCUUCCUUGAUUGAAUAAAGGUUUUUUUC